CACACUGCAUGUUCCAGUGAUGUUUCAGACUGUGUAGGCCUAGGCUAUCCUACCGCUGCCGGCUGUCAGCGGCUCUGAUGCGGGCAGGCAGCAUCCUCUCCGGCGUCCAGUAGUGAAUGAGGAGGGCCGGUGGCCGACAGGGAGGGGUCCUUUGAUUUCAGGGCUGCCUCCUCCUGGAUGGAGCCCGGCUGUGUGCAGGCAGCGAUGGCAAUGGGAGAUGCCUCGAAAAAAGUGUCGGUUCGGAACGUGGCGGUGGAGCGAAAAAACCUCAUCACCGUUUGCAGGUUUUUAGUAAAGACGCUGUUAGAGAAAUACACAGCCGAGCCCAUAGAUGAUUCCUCUGAGGAGUUCAUCAAUUUCGCAGCCAUACUUGAACACAUUCUCAGCCACCGUUUCAAAGGGUCCAGCAGCUGGUUUGAUGGUCAGAGAAGUUACUGGGACUAUGUCCGUCUGGCCUGCGCUAAAGUCCCUAACAGCUGCAUUAGCAGCAUAGAGAGCAUGGAGAACAUCAGCACAUCACGAGCCAAGGGGCGGGCCUGGAUGAGAGUCGCCCUGAUGGAGAAGAGGCUGUCUGAAUACAUCGCUACUGCUCUGAGGGAUAGCAGAACGACCAGGAGGUUCUAUGUAGAAGGAGCCAUCGUGUUAAGAGAGGAAGCUACGGUGCUAACAGGGAUGCUCAUAGGUCUCGGAGCCAUAGACUUUAGUUUCUGUCUGAAAGGGGAGGCCUUGGAUGGGAAAUCAUCUGCUGUGAUUGACUACACACCGUACUUGAAAUUCACACAAAGCUAUGAUUACCUGAGUGAUGAUGACGAUCGACAGAGUGUUGACAGCAGCACAAGCGACGACAGCGUCCCUGACCACCCCUACAUCCCCCUGGUCACUGACGAGGAGAGCUGGAGCACAAAGUGUCGCAAGAUGGAGCAGAGGUUCAAGAUCGUCAAUGCUCAGAAGGGUUACCUGGAGGAGCUUGUGCGCCUGCGUGAGUCCCAGCUGAAGAACACAGAAACUGAGAACAAGCGGCUAAAGGCACGACUGGAAGAGCUACAGAGCAACAGCACACAGGAGAAGAAGGAACUGGAGGACAUAGUGCUGGAGCUUCAGGAGCAGCUGACAAGCUUAAUUCCAUGUGAUUCCAACCACCUGGCAAAAAACAUUUCAAUCCCUUUGAUCAACCAGUGGCCGACGCUCCAGCCAUACAACAGCCAAGAGGACGUCAAGCUGUUCCGCAGGAGGAGCUUCCCGAGCACAGAGCUGCUGUCAGUCGAAAUCAGCCUGGAUUCAGACGCCCAGAGGACUGAGGGGAAACAGAAUGGAGGAGCCUGGUGCACAGAAAAGGACUACACCCCCUCCAUGAUGGGCCUGUGUGGGUCCUUGGCCUCCCUCCGGAGCUGCAAGUCUCUGGCUAGCCUCAAGUCCAGCGAGUGCCUGGUCAACAUCAGUACAGAGAACAGUCCUGCCCUCUCUCCCAGCUAGGGGGCACCAAAGAAACACUGCCAACCACUUAACUGGCACUGAGACAAUUCAACAUGAAUACAAAAAGACUACUUUUGGUUGGUGGACAAAUGCUCUCUUUUGUGGCCCUUACGUGAGUCCCUUUACCUUUAUGCAUUUGUGAAAGAGUAGCCUUCCCGUCUGGGACUGUCCGACAAAGAUGCAGGAAUAGCUGUUGUACUGCCCGACGGCCUCCUGCAGUUUCACUGUCUAUAUUGUCUUGCCAUGAUUAAACCUCCUGGAAUGCAAACAACUGGUUCAAGUUUGACCUCUCUUUCGUCAUGAUGCUUGAUUUUGUGCAAUUACCCUCAUGACUGUACUGGCCACAUUCAUCAAAACUCACUGUGGGGUUGUCCUGUAUGUACUUGUCCAUUUGUCUGUGUCUUAUCAGUCUGUCAGUGUGUCUUAGUCUGCCUCUUUCAUAAUACUGGCAGUGCAGGGUGGAUGAGCUGUUAUAACCUUUUAAGGAACAGAAACAAUGUUUUGCCAUAUUAUAUUAUGCUAUCAUAAGAGAGUUAAGAAAAGAGGCUUGUAAUGUGCUCAGUUAAAGUGGCCGGAGUGUUUAAUGAUGAAGAUUAUUUGGAAAUUACCAGAAGCAGCUUUAUGACAGUUUAGGCCUUAUUCAAUAAGGUUAGAUACAUAUCUUAGUAUGUGACAGAAAAGAAGUGUCAGGCUACAAAGGUUUGCAGAGUCACUACAAUGUGAACAUAAAAAACAGACAUAAUAUACAGUAUCUUGCAUACAAAUGCAAAGUGCAUUGUGACUAUGCAGAAUGAGUGUUUCCAUUGUCUUUUUCUACAAACCUGGUUUGAUAGAGUAAUUUGAGCAGGAGAGAAAUAGUGAAUGUGCAACAUAUAUGUGCGUGUGUCAUUAGAUUUUUUUGGCUUUAUUCUUUUGUUCUUUUAUAUUUGUAUUAAUUGAGUGACAAACUUGUAUCAUUUACCAUCAUGUAAAUUGCAAUCUCAUGCAGUGUUGUUGAGA